CGGCGGCGGCGGCGGCGGCUGAGACAUUCCCCGUGCGUAAUAGAGGAACGUGGGUUAAGGAAAAGCAGAGUUGAUAAGGAGUAAUAAAUAGACAGGAUAAGGAAGAGAUGGGGGAAGAAGGAGUGGAGUGGGAGAGGGAGACAGUCAGAGAACUGGAAAGAAGGUCAGGAGAACGAAACUCGACACGUCAGCAGCCGAUGAAUGGGAGGCCAACAAGCUCCCGCGGGGGGUGGCAUGCGCCCGCCACAUCAUCCACAAUCAGUCAGUCAAACCACCGAGAUGGAAAAUCCUUGCCCGCCCAGGCAAGUCGAAUCAGAGGAGGGGGAGGAGGAGGAGGAGCGUUAGAGCGGUGGGAGUAUGAGGGGAAGAAGGAUGCGGAGAGUAUCGACGCCCUCAGCCAGAAAUUGAACCGACUGAGAGCGACGUAUUGCAGUCAGGGCGAACGGUCCUCCCCCUUCCUUCCACUUAUAGACCACCACCCCUUCUUCCCACUGUGCUUGCCAAAGGAUGGUGCUGCUGCUACUCUCUCGCAUUCGCUCGUCGACGGCCCCAGCAAUUCAACUCUGGAGGCUGCAAAUUACCACGCAAGAAGAGAGAAAAUAUUGGCUAGUAUGCGUCUCACAGCUGGGGCUUGGCGUGGAUCGGCCGAUGAGCCGCCCGACGCCCAAGCGUCAGAACCAUUUUCCGGACUUGUUGUGGGAGGAAGAAGAACACCAUCCAGAUGGCCACCAACGGAGGAAGAUAACCAUAGUCGCCGUGAUAUAAUGAUAAAGGAAAGACGAUUGUCGCACUCCUCCUCGCAAUUGGCUGGGACCAUCUCGAUAAGGAGGAGGAGGGGGGAGGAGCCGUCGACGUUGUUCGGCGGCGGGCGACAAAUGCUCGAUCCUGAGGGGGGGGAAGCGCAGCCGCUGGAGAGCGGCCGCGCGGGGCAACUGCGCCGCCGACAAAUGCUCGAUCCUCUGGGGGGGGAAGCGCAGCUGGAGAGCGGCCGCGCGCGGCAACGACUGCAAUGUGCCGACGCCUACCGUCGCGGUCGUGGGGGGGCUUUGGAAGAUCCUGUGGACGCUGGCAGGCCGUUCGUUGGGCUGCGCUUUCCGCGGCCGCAGCAGGAGGAAGGGCAAACUCGCUCAGAGCGCACACUCCGACUACUCAGCGCAGGCGCACUAGCAACAGCAGAUGCGGAACGUCGCGCAUGCAGCAGUAUCCUCGGUCAUGACGAUACGGGUGACCUACAUGUAGCAGCAGGAGGAGUAGGAAGUCGACGGCACUGCAGGCAAUCGCAUUCCUUUCAUUUUCAGCUGACGGAGCAGAAGGCCGUCUCUCAUCAAUCUAGGUUUGACUUAGUCUCCGGGGACAUUGUGACGUCGGGAUCUCCGGGAAUUCUGUCAGGAGGGGCGUCGGCGGUUGCCUUUAGUGCGGCCGCCCGACGAGCGACAGUGGCCUGCUCCCCUGAAACUGCCGGUGCUGCUGCGGCUGCUGUAGAGGAGGCUGACGAGCUGGCUUUUGGUAUGUGCGGCGGCGGCGGGACUCAGAAUGACUUGGGAGACACUGUGUCUGGGCACAACGAUUGGACUUUUGUCACACCGCUUGACCGCUGGCUGCGGGAGGAGAACAAGCAGCUCUCUGAGAGAGUGUCCAUUAUACAGGAGAAGUACCAGGAGGUGCUGCAGGAGAGGCGCCAGCUCAAUGAGAAGCUAAAGAAAUCCAUGGCCGAAACUGAGUGUCUUGCCACAAAUUCCAAGAAAAUUCAGGCCUUGUGGCAGUUGCAAUCUUCCAGAGACAAUCAGAACCUGAAACUUGCAAAGGAGGAGUUGAGAGAGAAAGACCGGAAAAUAUGCUCUUUGGCGUUGAAGAUCGACAGGCAACAGGCUGUCAUCAAGAGUAUGCAAGAUGAGCUUUCAGGUUGCUCUCAGCGAAUCAUGCAGCUGGAGAAGGAUCGCGAUGAAGCGCUCAUCCAUCGUCAAAGGGCACUUGCUGAUGUGCACCAGCUUCACAAAGAGCUGUCUGUACGGGAGGAGCAGUGGCGAAAUGAGAUGCAGCGGCAGGCGACUGAGGCACAAUCGGCCCACCUUGUCUUGAAGCGCAAACUGCAGGCCAAGGAACGCGAUGCUGAACAUCUGCAGACGGAGCUCAGUACUGCUUUGCAAGCGAAACAGGAUGCAGAGACUCGGUGGAAGCGAGCUUCAGAGGCACUGUCGGAUGCACUUUUCUAUGAGAAUGAGCUCAUGCAGCAAAGAGAAUCAGAAUUGGCAAGAGCACUUGCAGAAGAGCAAGGGAAGAACAAGUUCCUGAUUCAUGAAUGCAGAAAACUACGAGGAAUGGCACAUGGGCACACCGCGUCGCAGAGCAUUAACCAUGGAGUGAGUGAAGACUUCGAGCUUGAUCCCUGUUUCCAUGUCACUUCCCAGUAGCACACACCACGAGCAUACAGUGCGGUGGGGCUGUUUGAACUUUCAAGGAAUGUCUUCUGAGUCCCUUGUGUGCAUCUUUUCCGGGAGAUGCGCCUGGAUGCUCCACGCUACUGCACACGGACUUGUUUGUCUUGUUAUGUUGUCAGAAAUUCAUAAUUGUAUAUAACAAAUCGUAGGAAGUAAC